AUGUCCGCCCCCGAUCCGGAAAAGGGGUCCCACGCGGCCGAGACCGCGACAACGACCAGCUCCGGCCAAGACUCGCCGCAGCUCCGCCCUCUCAAGACCGUCCAGUCUCGGCACAGCCGCCGGAGCCGCGCCCUGUCUACCUCCUCCACCGACACCGACCCCCUCGAGCCGCUCUCCCACGCCCUAACCCCGGAUCUCGAGACCGAGAUCGAGCACGCCGCCCGGGAGCCCAUCACCUACACCCGCACCGGCACCAGCAUCGGCAGCACCGCCUCGCGCCCGCCCGACUUCGAGGUCACCUUCGAGCCCGGCGACCCCGAAAACCCCAAGAACUGGCCGCUGUGGUACCGUGCCUGGACCAUCUUCGUCGUGUCCUUCUCCACCUGGGUCAUUGUCCUCUACAGCACAAGUUACACGGCGUCUAUCCCGGGUCUUGUUAUCGAGUAUGAGUCGUCUCAGGUCAUCGCGACACUGGGUGUCACGACCUACCUCCUCGGUCUCGCCGCCGGCAGUCUCAUCGUCGCCCCGAUGAGUGAGCUGUACGGCCGACAAUACGUCUACGUCGUCUGCUUCAUCAUCUCGGCGCUGCUCAUCAUCCCGUGCGGUCUGGCCAAGUCCCUGACGACACUCAUCGUCGUCCGCUUCUUUGGCGCCCUCUUUGGUGCCGCUCUCAUCGCCAACAGCCCGGGCACCGUCGUCGACAUCGCCGACGAGGAGUACCGCGCCCUCGCCAUGUCCUUCUACAGCAUCGCGCCCCUGAACGGCCCCGUCACCGGGCCCCUCAUCGGCGGCUUCGUCUUCCAGUACCUCGGCUGGCGCUGGACCAACUGGGUCGUCCUCAUCAUCGCCGGCUUCGCCAUCUGCCUCAUGUUUACUCUCAAGGAGACCUACGCCCCGACCAUCCUCCAGCGCAAGGCCGCCCGCAUCCGCAAGGAGACCGACGACCCGCGCUGGUGGUGCCGCUACGACGAGAAGGUCUCCAAGCUGCACCUCAUCAAGCUCAACCUCAGCCGCCCCUUUGUCCUCAGCUUCACCGAGCCCAUCCUGUGGUUCUUCAACAUCUGGAUCUCCCUCAUCUACGGCAUCCUAUACCUCUGCUUCGUCGCCUACCCGAUCGUCUUCUCCCAGCACCGCGGCUGGGGCCCCGGCACCUCGGGCCUCGCCUUCCUCGGCAUCGGCGUCGGCACCAUCGCCGCGAUCCUCAGCGAGCCCCUCUUCCGGCGCAUCAUCAACGCGCACCCCAAGGACCCCGUCACCGGCCGCGUCCCGCCCGAGGCCACCGCGCGCGUCAUGACCAUCGGCGCCAUCCUCACCCCCAUCGGCCAGCUCGUCUUCUCCUGGACCUGCCUGCCCAAGACGAUCCACUGGGCCGUCCCCAUCGCCUUCGGCAUCCCCUUCGGCGCCGGCAACACCAUCUCCUUCAUCUACGGCAGCAACUACCUCGCCGGCGCGUACGGCAUCUACGCCGCCAGCGCGCUCGCCGGCAACGCCGUCAUGCGCAGCAUGUUCGGCGGCACGCUCCCCCUCGCGGGCCCGAGCAUGUACCGCGCGCUGACGCCGCAGUGGGCUGGCACGCUGUGCGGCCUGCUCGAGCUCGCGCUGAUUCCGAUCCCGAUUAUUUUCUGGCGCUACGGCGAGCGGAUCCGCGCAAAGAGUCCGGUGAUCAAGCAGAUGCGCGAGGACCAGGAGAAGAACGAGAGUAAGCGGGCCAAGGCGCUGGCGAGGCUUGCGCGGAAGAAGGAGAGGGAGGCGGCGGAGGCGGCUGAUGGGGAGAAGACGACUGGUGUGUUGGAGGAGCAGACACAGGCGAGAGACUUUGAGCAGGAGACUGGUAGUGGGAAGGCUUAA